AUGGCCACAUCUCCUGCCGCGCUGCUUCCGCUCCUCGUUCUUGCCGUCAUCUGCGGUGAGUCCUUCGGCGGUGCAGGGGCGCUCCGCUGCUUCACCCUUCCGCGAGCAGCGCACGUGGCGCAGCAGAGCGUGCAGGUGUGGUGGCACGGGCGCAAGGGCGGCAGUGGGAAGCAGUUGGCAGGUGCAGUGUGCAAGCAUGUGCGGUUCUUUGCCCAAUCCGCCUGCAAGGGCAAGGCGCUGGGUGAGGUGCUCAAGCCGCAUUACUCCCUUCUGCGCAAAUUCUUCAAUGUUCCCAGCAUAAAGAAGGUCGCCCGAUGGACUUCUGUUUCCUGCCAUGCUGACGUCACCUGUGAGAACACCAAGUGUCCGAGCAACUCCACAUGCACCCUAACGAGUGGCGGCAAGGGCGUCACCUGUGCAUGCGACGAGGGCUUUUCUCAAAUCAAUGGCGCUUGCGUAGACAAAGCUUGCAGCGAGUUGGGUUGCGAACCGGAUGGGGUUUGUGUGAACACCAAUGGAGUUCGCUCGUGCAAAUGGAACUCACCCUGUGGCACAUGCCCUACUGGUGCCACCUGCAAAACCAUCCAUAUACCUCCGUACUAUGAUGUGGAUGUGCCACACUGCGAGUGCCCUACAGGCUAUGGGAUGACUCCAACAGAAUGCAUCCAGGGUGCACCUGACCAAGUGCUUGCCACCAGCAUCACACUCGUGCGGGAUAUCAGCGCCAAAGACAAUGCGUCCAAGCCCUACACUUUCCGCGCAACAUAUGGCUGCAAUCCGCUUCCCGAGGGGUUGGCUGGGAAUUUCAGGGCGAUAUACCAAACGUUUAACAUCGAUGGUGGUCCAAGCUGUGCCUCGUUCAGAUGGUAUGAGUCGGAUGACUGCACGCCGGCCACCGAUACGGAGUUCGAAGCUCCUACGGAUGCAAAUGCUGCUGCAUUCGCAUAUAC